AAAUAAUUUUUUUUAUAUAUAUAUAGCAAAGUUAAUGCAAGAAAGAAAGAAAAAAACCAAAACAAAAAAGUUGUGUUUCUGAAUUAAAGAGCACUCAUUAACAUAAGUCAGAACAUAGAGACACAACACACAAAAUCUUUCUACCUCUAUCUCUCUAGUUAAGGUGGUUAGUUGGGUUCAUCACUUCAUCGUUAACCGCCAUAGUUACCGGAAUGUGGAAACCACGCGCUUUCUCCGUUUCACUUGCUCUACUUCUUCUUCAUUCACUUUUUCUAGCUCUUGUUUCUGCUCAAACUAAGAGAUCUGAAUGGAACACACUCUCAGGAAGUCCACCAUUGGUCAUAGCACAUGGUGGUUUUUCAGGUAUAUUUCCCGAUUCUAGUGAUGCUGCUUAUAUUUUAGCCACAGCAGUGAGCGUACCGAAUGUCGCUCUAUGGUGUGAUGUUCAAUUGACAAAAGAUAGAGUUGGGAUUUGCCUUCCAAAUAUCAACCUUGAAAACUCUACUUACAUUGCAAGUAUUUUCCAAAAUCAAAGUGUGAAUUACUUGGUUAAUGAUGUACCCACCAACGGCUAUUUUUCUGUGGAUUACACCUUAAAGGACUUAUCCAACGUCAUUUUAUCUCAGGGAGUAUACUCUCGGUCUCCCCUGUUCGAUGGCACUGGUUAUGUCAUUAAUACCGUCGAAGAUGUACUCAAAAUAGUGGCCCCACAAACACCUGGUUUGUGGUUGAAUAUUCAGCAUGAUGCUUUCUACACGCAACACAAUUUAAGCAUGAGAAGUUAUGUACUCUCAGUUUCUAGAAAAGUGCAUAUCAAUUAUAUCUCAUCACCCGAGGUUGGUUUUCUGAGAAGUAUUACAAAACGUUUCAACCCAAAAAUAACAAAACUUGUCCUCAGGUUUCUCAAUCCAGAUGACACAGACCCAUCAACCAAUCAGAGUUAUAGUUCAUUACUAAAAAAUCUUACGUUUAUCAAGACUUUUGCUUCUGGAAUUAUUGUUCCAAAGGGUUACAUUUGGCCUAUAGAUGCUAGUCUUUAUCUACAACCACAUACCUCUUUGGUUUCCGAUGCACAUAAAGCGGGGUUGGAAGUAUAUGCAUCAGAUUUUGCAAAUGAUGUUAUGUCUAGCUAUAAUUAUAGUUAUGAUCCUCUUACUGAGUACCUGCAAUUCAUUGAUAAUGGCGACUUCUCCGUUGAUGGUGUGCUGACCGAUUUUCCCAUAACUCCAUCUGCAGCUAUAGAUUGCUUUGCUCACCAAGGCACGAAUGCUACAAGAAGAGAUAACACUUUGAUUAUCUCACAAUUUGGAGCAAGUGGAGAUUAUCCAGCUUGUACUGACAAAGCAUAUAACAAGGCCAUAACAGAUGGUGUGGAUGUUCUUGACUGUCCUGUUCAAUUCUCAAAGGAUGGAACACCCUUUUGCUUAAACUCCAUUGAUCUUCUAGAGAGUACCACAGUUGCUCAAACAAGCUUCAGUGAUUUAGCUUUGAAUAUCCCUCAGAUCAAAUCUGGUCGUGGCAUAUUUACAUUUAACUUGUCGUGGACUGAUAUAAAAGGCCUGACCCCCUCAAUUUUGAACCCUUUCUCAAAAUACACACUGUUCAGGAAUCCAAAAAAUAAGAACGCGGGGACACUUCUAACAUUAUCAGAUUUCUUGUCAUUGACUAAAAAUCAGACUUCUCUAUCAGGCAUCCUGAUCGUCAUUGAGAAUGCAGCCUAUCUUGCGGAAAAGCAGCAAAUAAGUGUAACUGAUGUCGUCAUUGAGGCUUUGAGAAAUGCAGGUUAUGAUAAACCGGGAAGUCAAAAAGUUUAUAUUCAAUCCACUAAUAGCUCUGUACUUCUGAAGUUCAAGGAGAAAACCAAAUACGAGCUUGUCUACAAGAUUGACGAGACUGUCGGUGAUGCUGUCAAAGCAGCUGUUGAGGAUAUAAAAACAUUUGCAAGUUCUGUGGUUAUCAGUAAAGACUCAGUAUUUCCUCGUAACACCGGCUUCCUAACCACCUUUACAAACAUUGUGCCAAAGCUAAAAGCUGCUAACCUCUCAGUUUUCGUAGAAAUAUUCAACAAUGAGUUUGUAUCUCAGGCAUGGGAUUACUUCUCGGAUCCAACAGUGGAGAUCAACUCAUAUAUUCAGGAAGCAGAAAUUAAAGGAGUCAUCACACCCUUCCCUAAAACUGCUAGUAGAUACUCAAGAAACAAAUGUUUGUUGGGUAAUAAGGCACCUCCUUACAUGCAACCUGUUCAAGCCGGUAGUCUUCUUGGAACCGUUAACAAUCAGUCAUUGCCUCCAGCUCUGGCUCCACUCCCUCCCUUAACUAAAGCCGAAGUGGUAGAGUCACCUUUGCCUUCUGUUGAUAAACUAGCUCCAGCUUCUAGCCCUGCUGCCGGAACCAAGUCUCCACCCGGAAAUGCGCAGCCUAAGGUUUCUGUUUGCUUAUUCUUGUCCAGUCUCGCUGUGUUUGUAGCUUCUAUUCUUCUGCUUUGAGUGAAACCAUCUCUUCACUUUCUGCCAAAAAUCUAAACCAAAAAGAAGAAUUAAGAAUGAAAAAUGAGGUCUCUUUUGCUGGUUUCAACCCUCUAUUUCCUCGUGAUCUCUGCUAGGAUAGUGGCACGACACCUUUUGGCUACACGCUGCAUGAAUAAUCCACAAUUUUAUUUUAUUUUUAACUUAGAAGGACCAAAUUCUUUCCAUUGUAGCUAUGCAUGUUCAUUCUAAGUUCUCUCCAAUUGCUUCUUGGGUUUGUACCGAGUACAAAAUACUGAGCGGUGUAUAUCUACGGUGUACGAAUUCAUUUUAGAUGUGUAUCUUGUAUCAUUUGUUGUAACUUGUAACAUAUAUUUAUAAUUAUAUUUGUUGGUGUGCA